AUGGUGCAGGAUUUAUCAGCCGACUUGCAUGCCGCGGCACUCUGGCACGGCAUGGCAUGGCCAGAGGACCUUGACAGAAAAGCUGCAGCAAUUGGCCUGAGGGCCAGCGAGGGCAGUGCAGGGAGGCUUUGGGAGCAGGUGUCAGACACCUGCGAGCCUCGACCGCCGCCGGGCAGCUGCCAUACGCGCGGGCCGCCGCGCACGCCUGGCGCGCUGCGGGCCGGCCGUGCCCCGCCCGCGCCGCGGCCCGUCCACCGCUCCCGCAGGCCGUCGCGCCUGCCUGGCGCGCCGUGGGCCGCCUCGCCGCGCCCUGCGCUGCGGGCAGCGCCGCGCCCAUCGGGCGCCACGCCCCUCGGGCGGCGCCGCGCGCGCGCCAACCCGGCCUGGCACCGCCGGGCCCGCUGGCUGCGCGGCCAGGCUCGCGUGCUGGUGCGGCUCGCAGACGCGCGGGCUCGCCUCGGGGUCGCUGGCCGCGACCCGAGGCCGCUGGCCGACGCCAGCCCGCGCCUGCGCGCGCAUCACAGCGCCGCCUCGCCCGACGCCAGCAUGUACGGCAAGGGCGGCGCUGGCGGAGGCACGCCACCCGACCUCGCGCCGCCCAUCGCGGCCAUCGCGGAGCUGCAGGCCUCCGCUGGUGCCGGCGCCCCGGGCUCCCUGCCGGGCCUCUGCCGCGUCCUCUUCGGGCCCGUGGCGCCCUUGGUGUGCGAGUGCCUGGAGCCCGCAGAGGUGGGCCGACUGCAGCGAUGCCAGCGCGAGCUGUCCUCCGCGGUGGAGCUUCGGCACUUGCUGCCGGCGCUGGCGGCGCUGGGGCUCGACGGCCAGGUGCGCGCCGCGCCCAGGCUGGAGGAGCUCUUCCUGCGCGCGCUGCGCCCGAGCCCGGCGCUGCUGUCGCUGGCGGUCUUCGGCGACACCUGCCGGUGCUGCGGUGACAUGCGAGCCGCGCUGGCCGCCAGGGACUCCGCGGGCCGCUCCCCGCUGCAGAGGGCCGUGCAGCUGGGCUGGCCAGAGGUCGCUGGCAAGCUGCUGCACCUGGGAGCGCCCGCGGACCACGGGGACGCGGCGAGCGGCUGGUCCCCGCUCAUGUACGCCAUCUCGGCCGGCGACCAGGUCACGGCGCGCGCGCUCACGAGGCACGGCGCCUCCGUGAACUUGGUCGCGCUGCCGCACGGCUGGACCCCGCUGCAGACCGCGGUGGCGAGCAGCAACCUGGGGCUGGUGGAGUGGCUGCUGGACCUCGGAGCAGACCCCGAGGCCACCAUCCGGAAGCUGAAGCUCAACUACCACAUCGACGACUGCCGCGGCAACGAGAGGCUGCUGACUCGGAUCGUGGCGCUGCGGUGGCCGCACCUGGCACCCUGGCAGCGCCUCGAGUGGGCGGCGGCGCUGCGUUACGACGCCGUUCCGGUGAAGGAGCUGCCGCCCUGGUGGCUGGCUCCGAGGAACCUGACACGCAGGGACAUUGGCGUGGAUUUGGUGAGCCUGGACGGUGAGCGGGCCGUGCAGUGCAAGUGCUGCAACGGCACCGUGCAGACGAAGGACGUCACCCACUUCAUAUGCAUGGCGCAGAACGUGUUCAGGGCUUCCGAGAUCAUCCUGGCGACGUCCGAGACAUCCCGCCUGACCAGCGAUGCAGCAACCGUCAUUGAGACCGUCGGCGUGAGGCACGACGUUUUAUCAGGCAGCUGCAUCGACGAGCUACUGGCCAGCACUGAAGCAGCGCUCCCACCGCCUCAGCGGGACUGCCUAGCGACUGCCUCCCUGAGACCAUGUCAGCGAGACUGCAUCCGUGCCUGCAGGGCUGGAGCCCGCAUCAUCGAGAUGGCAUGCGGCACGGGCAAGACGCUGGUGAUGCGAAGACUGGCCGAUAAGGCUUCAGGCCGCGUCCUGGUUUCGGUCCCGUCCCUCGCUCUGCUCUGGCAGCACCUUGCGACGUUUCCUGGAUUCUGCCCCGUUGGGACCGGGUAUAACACGAAGAUCGCGUGGGAUGCGCCAGGAUACAUCAGUGUGACGGACUCAGUGCACCUCCUGGAAAACAUUUACUUUUCUGAUAUAUUUGUUGACGAGGCUCACAAGGCGAGGGUGGCCACCAAGAGGGCCCUGCACUUCAUGAAGAAGCCGAGCAGAGCGGGCGCUUUGCAGAAUGCCUCCAGCGCGCCAGUCAAGAAGCAUGCCAAGGCCAACGCCGACUUCGGCUGCCCCAUGCAAAACCACGCGAAGCUGGCCAAAGAGCUGCGCGCGCGCAAGAAGUGGCGAGCCGCUCGGCCGAGCGCCCCAGGGAGAUGCGCGCCAGGUUGGACGGCGAACUUCGUUGUCUCCUGCAAGCAGUACACGGGGCUCUUCGCGGCUCUGCCGCCGGCCCGCGCGGAGCACGUCGUCUACGACCCGCGCUAUUAUGCGCCCAGCGCCAGUGCCUACGGCACGGUGGCGGAUUUUUUCUCAGCGACGCAUCCGGCAUAUCCCGACCACUCUUAUGGAAUGGGCCAGGCGAUCGAUGACGGCGUGCUGUGUGACUACGACUUGGUUGUGCCAGUGGUGGGUGAUGGGGAGUCUACGCUCGCUGCUCUCGCGGGCCUGCUCCUUGCGAAGGUGGGGCAUUUCCGGCGCGUCCUUGCGUACUGCAAUUCGAUAGACGAGGCUCUCCUCUUCAAGCACGAGGUGGCGAAGGUUGGAUUGGUUGCGUGGCACAUCAACGGCGAGACCCCACGCGCGGAGCGCCAGCGAGUGUUGAAAGCAUUCUCGCGCCCCCUUCAGGGCCCUGCCCACGUGCUCGUGACGGUGCAGGUUCUGGGCGAGGGGAUCAACAUUGGGAGCGCCGACACGUGCUUGUUCGUGCAGCCCCGGCGCAGCUACGUCAGCAUUGUGCAGGCCGUGGGCCGAGUCCUUAGACUGCACCCCAGCAAGCCGCUGGCGCACAUCAUCCUCCCAGCAGUCACGCCUCGCUACAGUGGCCAGGACCAGCCGCUCGGCACCCAGGAUGCGCACGGGGAAGCCCAUGGCGACCCCGCAGAAUUAGAAUCAGAGGCCGAGUCGCUCGGCAACCCUCCUUCCGUGGGCACCGCCGUCUCCAAGCCGACUCUUCCUGCCGCCAGCUCUGCUCGCCGCGCCGCGAGCUCCCGGCACUCGGCGCUGUCCAGGGCACCUCUGUUGUCGCCACACUUGGCAGGUGAGAGGCGGCAUCGUGCGGAGCCAGGCAGCGUGGAAAAGGCUCGUAACAGUCCGGCACUGCGAGCUGAGGCCACGAGUAAUGCGCGGGAUUUUUUGGCGUCGAGGUCACAACGCGCAAUGUCACAGCAAAAGGCCAGCAGUGAAUUGGAACGCUUCGUGGCCAGCCUGGCGUCAGCAGAUUGCCGCUUCAGAUCAGAGUUGGCGCUCGGGUGUAGCAGUCGCAUUUCUUUGUUUGACACCCGAACCUGCAAAGAUCAUCAGGGCAAUGGGGCUCAGGAUUUGGAGCAUCGCGUACGAAAGUCACUGCAAGCGUUGUCGAGAUUGGGCUGCCAGUGGCAGUCCAGAUUGCAGCAGUUGGGUGUGUUCCUGGACGCGCACGGCAGGUUGCCGACAAAGGGCAAGGUCGCCGACGAGGAAGAGUUCAGGCUAGCCGCGUGGCUCAACGCGCAGGUCUCACUCUUCAGAUCCCAGCGCCUGGCAGAGGACCGCAAGGCAGCCCUGAGGGGCGUCCACACCCUGGUCUGCGAGAAGUUGUCGGGCGAGCGGGAGCGGCAGCGGCAGCGGGACUGGCAGUCCUGGCUGCAGCAGUUGGAGGAGUUCCUGGAAGCGCACGGCAGGUUGCCGACAAGAGGCAAGGUCGCCGACGAGGAAGAGUUCAGGCUAGCCCAGUGGCUCAGCUUGCAAGUCUCACACUUCAGAUCCCAGCGCCUGGCAGAGGACCGCGGGGCAGCCCUGAGGGGCGUCCACACCCUGGUCUGCGAGAAGUUGUCGGGCGGGCGGCCGUAAGUAGAAGUCGUCGCGAGCGCGGGGCAGGCCGCGAUGACCACGCCCCCCUGGAGGUCCGCGCGCCGGACCUGUGCUGGCGCGGGCGGGCCAGAGACCCGAAGCGGUCCCAGUCUGUGUCCCAGGAAAUCGAACGUCGAAUCGAAGUAUGGAUAUUGGAUCCUCCCUCCCUUGUCCCUCCC